AUGAUUCUAGAAUAUCUCGAAGACAACGACUAUGGAAGUUCCUAUGACGACGUAGAUGCCGCCCCUAAUGAAGCCAGAUUGCCCCCUGACUUGAUCGCCGCCGCUGCCUGCUAUAUCGCUGCAAAGAACUAUGAAGAUCAUGUUGCAGAACACGGUCGACCCGAGUCACAGGAACAGGCAAAGGAGUUUGUUACCGGUCUUUCAGAUGCCUUUAUCGACCAUAUCAUAAAGAAGAAAAGCUUCGACAACACUGACGCAGCAAGGGCGAAGGAUAUAGCGAGUAACGACUUAGGCGAUGCAUUAACUGCAUCUGGAGAAUUCUGA